UGCCACGAGGGCCUUUCAACAGCCGCUGGAAUUUCAACGCACGAUCUGCGUUGUCUAGGAGCCACGCUGAAGUCGACGUCGUGUCCAAGCAACCUGUACCGUGCCACGUUCUACCUCGACGUAGGGGGCGUCGUAAUCGUCGAGCAGACAAGUUCGCCAUUGAGCCACAAACGCCGUUUCGUUUAAGGAAACUGAGCCUCUGUUUUGGAGCCUUUGGAAGAACGCGGUCACCGACGUCGGACCGUCCACGCCAUCACGGGGAAUGCCUAGGGGAGGAGCUCUGUUGUACGCUGCGUAAAGAUUGUGUGAAUCCUUGGAAGCUACACAGGAGAUAACGUAAAUAUGACACCUGAUCCAGUGCUUCACCGCUAUGAGAAGAAUGACACCGUAUGGACCAUUACCUCCGUAGCUGCCACCCCCAACAACCAUGAACCAUCCAAGACUGAGAAGAAGAAAUUCCCGUGGAACAAGAGAUCCAUCACAGUGCUCGUCAGCAUCUGCUUCACCGGCCUUCUCCUCGGCUGCUGUUAUGCCCUCAUGGCUCCGUUCUUCCCACAGGAGGCGAAAGAGAAAGAAAAUACAGCAACUCAGUUCGGCCUCGUCAUCGGCAUCUACCAGUUUGUUGUGUUCCUUACAGCUCCUUUCUACGGCAAACUUCUGUCCAAGCACGUUCGAGCCAAGCCGCUGCUAUGCGGUGGGAUGCUGGUCGAAGGUAUCUUCUGUUCUAUCAUGGGCUGUAUGAUGUACUCCCCUCCUGGCACAACUUUCUUCGCAUUGGCCCUUACUCUACGGAUCAUCGAGUCCCUUGGAUUCACCGCUGCUAUAACGUGCUGCUACGCAAUCGUCGCGGCUGAGUUCCCGGAUCACGUGGAAAUUAGUGUCCCAAUGGUGGAAACGACAUUUGGUUUGGGGUUGUUUAUUGGACCCUUCAUCGGAGGAUUUCUGUACGAGGCAGGGGGAUUUCUCUUACCGUUCGUUGUCGUCGGUUGUACCCUGAUAGUCUUAUCGUUUUUAACUGCCAUUACUUUCCCUCAAAUUGAAAUGGUCGACGCAGAGUCUACAGUGACGAUGAAACAAGUGUGCGACUGGCGCAUCAUCGUCAACUUUCUCGCAGUGGUAUCCGCAUUUGUGACGCUGGGCUUCAAUGAAGGAACUCUUGCCACACACUUGGAGCAGUUCCACUUGACGCACGCUGUCGUCGGCCUGGUAUUUAUGAUUUCUGGUGGCGUCUACGCGUCAACCUGCGUUUUUCUAGGAAGAAUUUGCAAGUCAGUUAAGGAUCCCCGGUACAUUAGCAUCUUCGGAGGAGUAUGCGUUCUGGUGGCCUUUGUCAUCAUAGGUCCUCUGCCAUUCGUCGGUUUGACGCCGACAUUACCUCUGGUGUGCAUCAGUCAAGUCCUCCUUGGCGUCGGCAUCUCCUGCUAUUACAUUUGUUUAUUCGUCCACGCAAUUAGCUACAGCGUGAAAGUGAAACGGCUGCCGGAUAACUUGUCGACAUUUGCGCUGCUUUCCGGCAUAUUUUCCUCGGCCUUUUCUCUUGGGCUUUUCGCGGGACCCGUAAUCGGUGGGCUGCUUAUGGACUACGUUGGCUACGCGUGGGGAUCUCUCGGCAUCUUCAGCCUUCAAUUGGCUGUGGCAAAUUCUCAUGCUGGCCAUAACUGUCACCUGCGAUUCGUCGACUGGCAAGCUUACAGCAGAAUAAUCCGAUGUCCCUUUUUUAUGUAUCACGUUGACACAAUCAAUUCUCUUAUGUGUUCGAUAAAGAAUACCUCAUCCUUUUUCAUCACCUGAUUACACGACACCUGGAUUAUGGACUGUUGUUUACAAUAAAUUUCAGCCCCACAAUUUAA